AGGCCUCCAACUUCUGGAUCAAUUUCUUUUCUCAACAACAUCUGGUGGCAUGUUCAUAAUAAAUUCAAAAGAGAACAAAGUGAAAUCUCAGUUUCAUGUAGCCCCGUCAGAAGAACCUAUCUAAUACCAUGAAGUCGUCCAAAGCUUUUCUAUCUGCUUCCGGCAGCAGAGCAAGCGAGCUCCUCAACUGGACUUUUGCGUUCCAGAGCUUGUUUUCGGUUCUUUUUCUUUCUGCGGCAACCGUUUUGGCCACUACCUCGACUGGAAGUACACAGUGCCCGUGCACUAGUCCAGACUUAUCGGCCUACACCACGGGGAGUCAGGUAAUUAUGAUUCGAGUUUGUAAUGCAGAUUUUACAACAUGACCAUGAGCAGCGUUUUUCUACUUGUUGAACAUGCAUGAGAAACUUCAUUAUUUUAUGCACAGCUCAAAGUCACGGUCGGUGCGAAGGAGUACAACUACGCAGUCCCGUACGGCACAGCCAACUGCCAACUAUCCUGUGCAAAAGUAUCGUAGUCGUAGUAAUCGCAAUUAUGCAUGACAAGUCUCUUUUUCAAGGCAAAUCGGCAUCAGAGAUUUCGUUUGUAAUGCUGAGCAAAUGUGUAAAAUGCGAUUCCUACUACUGCGAUGCAACGCUUUUGCAUUUCAUACCAAAGCUGGGACAGCGACAAGCCGCCCGCCUGCGCUCUGGGGAACGGGCAGGCGCUCUCGGACCGCCCAGACUGGUGCGCGAAACAGUGGUGCUAUGUGGACAGCAGCAACUGCGUAUGAGAGUGCACGACCCCCCCUCCUCUUCCUUUUUAUGGCAUGAACAGCAAUACACGCACCAACAGAAAAAGGGCUUCCGCAUGACAAAUCUGCACACAGAUUCUAGUACUGUUUGAGGUUGCAAAAUUUGUCAUGCAAACUGCGCUUGGAGGCAAAGGCAAUACUUACAAUUACAAAUGAGGGGAAGGGGGAGUUGUGCACUCUCAUACUGCGCGUCUUCCUACGCACCGGUCCGGUCCACUUGGCUCGCCGGCGCAUCCAACCUGUAUUACAGCUACGCAACCUAUGGAUGUGUCAGGAUUGAAAUCGACAAAGUUGAAAUGAUUUGUCAUGCAUAAAAUGGAUGCCAGUUGGAACCAAGUUUCCAAUUGGCGCAUGACAAAUUUUGGCGGUCCUUAAAUCCAGUUGGUUGUGCUGUUUAGGCAAAGAAGACUGAUUUUCUCAUGCUACUGUAGCGGCUCGAGUUCUAACCCCAAACAGGCUUACAAUCGGCCUCACUUGCCUGCUCUGCAACACACGUGCCUCGCGUCAUGCAUUUUCUGCAUGGCAAACUAUUUCAACUUUGACGAUUUCAACUCUGACACAUCCAUACGACCUGUGGAACCACGAACUCCUUCUCAUCCUGGUCUUCGUCCGCUUCCAGUGCGGGGGUGAUAUUGACAACGGUGGAAGCGACGAUGAAAACGUUGAAGCGGGAGAUCGAGCGAAAUUACGAAGACUUGCAAUCCGGCAUGCUUAACCAAGCCGUCUGCUCCGAUCAUUUCGACUUAAACAGCUGCACCAACUGCCCUGCUGUGUCGGCAAGCAGUGUGUGGAACGGGGCCAGUAGCAGGAUGAACUUCAGUAGGACCGGAAGCUUCAUGGCAGACAGCACGGAGACGCUCUACAAGUGCCUACAUGAUAACGUAAAGACAUUAAGAUGCUUUUUGUAUGUGCAGGUGGUGAACAUGAUUUUGAUUUUGAAUAAGUGAAGAAAGACAUCAACAGAGAGUGGUCUCCAGCAUGCACAACACGUAUGACAUGAACGAAAAAACGAUAAAUACAAAGGUGGAGAUCCAGUUCAUGAAAGUGGCUUCGACCGAAUACGACAUGGUAAACAAAAACCGGAUCGCCUACCUGUACAUCGCGUUUUUAUCGAUUGCAAAUAUGUUGUCUGCGUCUGGAAACUUGUGAUGCAAGAGGGGGUAUAGUGAGCACACUCUAAUGCGCUGGCAAGCAUGACAGUUUUUCCCGUGGUUCUGAGUUGCGUACUUCGCAUGAGAAACUGCGUUUUUGCAUGACAUGCAAAAGAAGCGUUUCGCGGCCACGCAAUACAGAGUUUAGAUUCGUGCCAGACUAGCAUGACAAAUCUCGCAAUCUUCCAGACGACCCAGCCAUAUUUGCAAUCGAUAGCUUGCCGACCGGGGUAACUACAUCCAGUGGCCGGCCAUGCAGUGGACCCAGGGGAUAUCCACAGUAAAUUUCCCGUACACGUACAAAUGUGGUUUCUGCAUUACAAAACUUGCCUUCAAUCCUAGUGCAGCAUGACAAGCUGGGCUCUGCAAGGUAGCGAAAUUUGUCAUGCAUUUUGUACAUGUAAAGGAAAUUUACAUUGCAUAGGGGACCUAUGAUCCGCGGUACCGCCCCUGGUACGCGAUGAUUGCUUCCGGACCCAAAAACGUGAUCAUCGUCAUCGACGUGUCGUUAUGCAUUGCGAAGGUAUCGUGCUAAGUCAUUACGGCAUUACAAAUUUGCUUCGCAUUUACAUAAAAUGGAAUUUGUAAUGUUGCUUUACCUGAGGCUUAGGAAGGAUUUGUGUUUGUCAUGCAUAACAGCAAUUACUACGAGCGCGAUACUCUUGCAGAGCAUAGCCCGGUUCGAUGGGCACAAUGUCCGGGGCGAGCACGCGGUUACAACUCGCCAAGGACGCGGCGAUAAAAACCCUAGACACGCUGGUGUGGGUGGACUACUUCCUCGUCAUCGCCUUCUCCAACGUGGUUACGGGUUGCGCCUCCAUGCUGAUCCCUUGUUCCACGUCCAACGUGGCGGCGGCAAAGACCUGGAUCAACGGAUUAAGUGCAGGCGGCACGACCAAUUUUCGGGACAGUCUAGACGCGGCUUUCGAUCGGGCGAAACGGGCGACUUCGUUUGACGGAACAAGCGAUCCCGAUCGCUGCUUUUCCGCGCAGUGCAAGACCGUGGUACGUAUUAUCGUGAUAAAUAGGAUUUGCAUUUAGUUUGUCAUGCAAAAACGCGCCACAUAUUCUCUUCUGUGUUGCAAAAUCUACAUCCGAAGAAGAAACGUCAGGUCCUCUUCCUUUCCGACGGUGUUCCCGACUCCUGGGGACAAGCGGAUUACGCCCGACUUUCCAUCGUUAACCCCGCCCCAGCCACCGGCUUCAAACUUUUCACCUACGCGUUGGGCGUCGGCGCCGACGGCACGGUGCUUUCCGCUCUGGCCAGUCAGCAUGGCGGCGAGUUUAAAUCGGUGUCAGACGGGGGAAAUUUGGCGAACACCAUGGCGGACUACUACAAAAAGAUCUCCGAAAACCGAGAUCUGACCGCUGUGCGGUGGAUGCAGUACCGGGAUUCGGUGAGUAACCAAAACUUGCUGGCCGGCUGCAUUGGAAUCGACGACAAGCGAGUUGGGCAGAACAACGCUUUGUUGGCCGUGGCCUGCAUGGAUGCAAAUGUACUUAUUAAGUAGGGCGAUGUGCAGCUUGUUGAGCUUGUUUCGCAGAUUUCUGUUUCUAUGUGGACGAUAUGAGCAUGCACAUGCAGGAGCUAUUUUGCAACUAAUGCACUUCUUAGAAUGGUGCCAGUGCCACAUGUAGUCUGCUAUGCAAGAGAUCAAAGUUACUUUCAAACAAAACUGCAGAUUAUCGCCCCCCUGUCCCAGCUGGAAACGCUUUCCGGUUACACCAGCUUCAUCUCCGAUUACUCGUCGAACAGCCGCAAGUGCGCGUCCGGCGUUAUGGCGUUCUCAAACGUUACAACACUCGCAACUGUUACAUGAAUUUGUGAUGCAAGAAUGGCAAACGCGAAAGGGGAAAUCUAGCGCGUCUUGCAUGACAGAUUUGGCACAGAUUCUCAGCCUGUUUGGCUCUUCGAGAAUUUGUCAUGCGAAGCAGCUUGAUCAUGUAGAGACUGAUGGCAGUUUUGCAUUACAGUUGAGAAUGUAACAUUUGAGAGCCCCAUAAGCGUCAACCCCUUUCUGGAGAUGAACACGCUAUCCUGCUUAUCCUGAGUAAAAACGUCCCCACACCAGAGCUAUCAUGCAAAUCUGCAUGCCAAAAAGGUUUGUCAUGCGGAGUGCCAUGAGAGGCAUUUUUUAGUCGUGUUUUGGAAUUUGUGAUGCUAUAAUCUGCAUUAUAUACUAGAUCUGUGAUGCUGCUGAACUACCUAAACAGGAGUACACUACGAGGAGAAACUUGUCAUGCCAAAUGACCAAAGCUGGCUGAUUUGUCUAGCAGAUUUCCCAUCUUGACUCUGGUGUGGGGACGUUUUUACAAAUGAUACUGCUCCACGGUGUGGGAGACCACCCAGGUCGCCAGUCCGGGCCAAAACCUGCUAUACUCCGGGUCUUCAGGCGGCUCAGCGGAGUCUAUGAGAGUGCACAACUCCCCCUCCCCCUCAUUUGUCAUGCAAAGUACCAAACUCACCCUCUGCCUCUUGACCCUGUUUGCAUGACAAGUUCUGGCAGACCAAAUAGGACUACAGUCCUGCCCAAAUUUGUCAUGCAAAGCCUGUAUUCUUGCUGACGCUUGUAUUGCUGUUCAUGCAUCAAUACAAAUGAGGGGGAGGCGAAGUUGUGCACUCUCAUAGAGACCGGCGGUGACAAAAAAGCCGACGGUGGUGGCGUGGUUAUUGCUAUCAUCGGAGCGAUAUCCUGUGCAAAAGUAUCGUACUCGUAGUAAUUGCAGCCAUGCAUUACAAAUCUUUUUUUGAAGGUAAAUCCGCAUUACAUGCUGAGAAAAUUUGACAUGCACGUAUACGAGUACGAUACUUUUGCAGUUCAUAAGCGAUCGCAGCAUUUGCUCUCCUGGCCGUCGUCUUCCGAUUUUGCACAAUGAGAUUCGGACAGAAACCACAAGCGCGAAUGUCGAGUCAGCAAAGUCAACAAGACCAAAAUCGACCGUCGAUCAAUUCCGGAGCGAUGACUGGCAGCCCCAUGCCACAGCAGAACAACAACCAAAUGUUCAGCCAAAACAAUGCGAACACCCCGUCCUACGGAAUGCAGAUGCAGCAAUUUCCAAAUCAGCAACAGAAUUUGCAGCCGCAGGCGUACGGAGGGGGACAGUAUAUGCAGUCGCCGCAGCCACAAUACGGAUUUCAACAAAAUUCACCCUCGCCGCGGGUUAGCGGGAGCCCCCGACCCGGGCCGAUGGGGAUGAACCAGAAUGCCGGCGGGAUGGGCAACCAAAACGCGGGCGGUGGAAGGGCAGCAAAUGAGCCCAUGAUCGUGGUGUUGGAGAGGAAUUAGUGUGGUGGUGGAAGCUUCUAUUCCUAUUCCGGGAUAGCACCGAGUUGGUAGAUAUGUUGGAAUUGCCAACGUCAGCGGCAAUGCCACUGUAGUUCAAAAGCAUAAGAUGGAGAUGCAUAUAUUUCACGAAGAAAACGAAAGGGUUAAGAACGUCAAGAAGAGGUUGUUUCAAAUGCGUAGAAAUUCAAAUUACCAUCAAAUUUUAGUUUGACUUUCCUCACCAUCUUCCCAAAGUGUACGAUUUUCACCAAAACAAUUUACAAGAGCUCUUGGUGCUGACAAAUUAAUAGAUAUUGGUAUGAUUGUCUGUUGUACAAAAUAAAAACGAAACGGAGCCAAAGAGCAUGGCCCUGCUAUCGAUUUGUAUUUUCGUCUUGUGAUACUAGAAGAUUCCUAGUCAUACACAACAGUCGUCGUUGAAUAUGAUAACGCCGGGCUUUUCAGGCUUCCGUUCUUCUACAAGCCGAGCUUUGUGUUUCUAUUGGCGGCUCAUGCAGCACCGUUUCUGCUUCACCUCCUCGUCUAGAGGACUAUGCCCAGUGUCCUACUAGGAGUAUGUGAAGUUUUUGUGAGCUGGAGCAGGCCAGUCUGUCGCUGUUGAUAGUUUGGGUCUUGGAAUUUUUCUUUGAACCUACCCAGAGAGUGAGUUUGGGCAUCGUUGUGCCUGCUGGAGCGAAGCCACAAGCAGGACUAAAAUUAUGAGAUGAAUAGAGCUCGCGAGAAAUACAAGGAAGGCGCGGGCGGGUUAGAAGAGGCGCGCGCCCGCCACGCGGGACGGUGGCGAAGGCGUUCGGGGAUUUCUCUGCUACCCUCGGCGCAGAAUGCCGAUGGGCCGGGCCUGCCUCGCUCUCUGAGACUGUCAGCCUCCGGGCGACCAGCGCAGCGCGCGGAAUUGCCUCGGCCCCCGGGCAGGCACGGGCAGCGCGGCUCCUGCGUGUUUGUCGGCGCAAAGAUUGCCGAACUUGCCAUGAACGGAGGCGGCGCAAGCGACAAACGCGGAAGACGCGGCCCGGCCCCUCGGUUUCGGCCCUGCCCUCCCCGCCUCGGUGUUUGGCCGGUUUGCCAGGCGCGCGCGCCCCCCGGCCUUGCCGCCCGCGCUGCGUUGUUUUUGUCGACGGCAGGGCGCCCAGAGCGCUCGCGCCGGCGCGGCCCUCGAGGACAGCGCGCAGGGGCCGGCCCAGCGCCCCGCGCGCGGGACCUUGGAUGGGUGCGCGCGCUCUUGCCCCCUCCUUUCUCUUUUUUGCUACCUUGGCGCGCGCCCGCCGGCCGCCAUUUUGUGUACAUUGUUGCGGCAGCUGCAGUGGGGGCGCGAGUGCUCGUUUUCUUCGCAUUAGUGGUCGUUGCAGCCCUUCUGAUUGACAUGCGGCCCUGCCUGUCAGUGCUCCCUGUUGUUGGGAGGAGGCAGCGCGAUGCCGUGGUACGCGCGCGCAAAUUGUUGAGAGGGUGUCUAUGGUUUCGCAGAAUGCGAAAUUGUUUGUCUCUUCAGGUCGGGGGCUCACGCUCUUAUGCAAGGUAGCAAGCCUUUCCCUUUGCUUGAGUCUGGCGCUGUUGUACAAGCCGAGCUUUGUGUUUCCAUACAUUUGUGGACCAUGCGUCGUUGCUUCUCCCCCAGAGAAAGAUGCUGAGUGUCAGAGUGAUGCAAAUUGAAAAUUUAGAGAGCUGGAGCAGGGCAGAGUGUGGCUGUUGAUGAUUUGGGUUGGGUAAGUAGUCUGUCUUUGGGCCUGCCGAGAGAGUGAGCUUGUGUAGUGUUGUGCCUGUUGGAGCGCAGCGGCCAUGAGCAUAAACUACAAUCAGAUUUGUACAUGGAAGCCAUGAAGCCCGAAGAUGGUGCCGUUGCGGAAGAGUCCGAGCGGCGCC